AUGGGUACUUCAAAAUUGGCACUGCCUUUCAAGGGCUUAUUCAACGGAAGACUCUUCUUUACUGCCGCAAUCCUUGCUCUAUCUCAGUUCAACUUUGGCUUUGAGGGAAGUGCAUUCACCAAUAUUCAAGCCAUGCAGCACUUUGCCCACCAGUUUGGCACGAAACAACCAGAUGGUAGCGUCAUUCUCGAAGCGCAGUGGCUCUCUUUCUUCAACGGCUUCUCCAUUGUUGGUGUGAUUAUUGGAAAUCGACUUACCGACCGCUUCGGUCGACUCUUUACCGUUAGAGUCAUGUGUGUCUGGACCAUCAUCUGCACCACCGUUCUCCUCACGGCCCGUACCAGCGACCAAAUGCUUGCAGGAAGAGCUCUAAACUACCUAUACAUCGGCAUGGAGCUUGCUGUCAUCCCGCUGUGCCAGGCCGAGAUCACGCCGCUACAAGCACGAGGAGCCAUGGUUGCCUCGUAUAAUACCGCCUUGACGACUGGCAUUCUCAUCAUGUCUCUAUCCCCACGCUGGCUAGUCCUGCGCGAGAGACACGAGGAAGCACUGAAUGCACUGAGGCUCUUUCGCGAAGGCAAGUUCUCGGAAGAGCAGAUCCAAGAAGAGCUAGCCUCGAUCCAAGCUGCUUGCGAGUCUCACCAUUACAAGCCAACUGAAGCAAACUUUGCCAAGCGAUGGCUUCAAAUUUGGAGUCGUAAGCACAUCAAGCGCACGGGGAUUGUCCUCGCCACCAACUUCUUCCUUCACGGCACGGGCAAUGCCUUUGCGGGCAUGUACGGAACACUCUUCUACAAGUCCAUCGGCACCGUCAACCCAUUUGUUCUCACGGUUGUCAACUCGGUUGUGACUCUCAUCGUUUCCAUCAUGACGCUCUUCCUAGUCGACAUGAUUGGUCGACGCCCUCUUUUGCUGGGCGGCUCGUCUGUGCAGGCUUCAGCGCUUCUGAUCAUGGGCGGUCUGGGAAUGAUCUCAAACCCAAGUGUCACGGUCAAGGGUGCCAUCAUUGCCAUGAUGAUGAUUUUUGGUACCGGAUAUUGUGCCUCAUGGGGCCAGUUGUCGCACACCAUCACCGCCGAGCUGCCCUCUGUCGAAGUCCGAGACCUCACAUACGCGACCGGUUCACUCCUUGCCGUCUCUACGCAAGCCGCCAUGACAUUUGGUCUUCCUUAUCUUCUGAACCCGCCUUACGCCGCGCUUGGGCCUCGCGUUGGGUUCAUCUUUGGCAGCUUGGCAGCUGUGUUAGCGGGAUUUGCAUUUUUCUGUGUGUCUGAGUGUUAUGGCAAGAGUUUGGAGGAGAUUGACACACUGUUUAACAAAAAGGUACCUAUUCGAAAGUUUAAGAAAGCUCAUGUUGAUGUGAGGGAGGAAUCUAAAGUUGGGGAGGCAAUGGUUGACCACAAGGAGUUCAAGGUUGCAGAAGAAGCAGUUUAG